CGACCAAUCAGAAGCCGAAACGCUGCCAUUACGCGCUCAUUUGCUAAGUUAUCGAGAAUAAUUCUUUUGUCAACAAAGCUUUGCAUGUGAUUGCUUUGAAAUUGGUCCGCUUUCAGUCCCAAUUCCCUCUAACUUAUAAUAUGUGCCCAGCGCAGGACACUCAUCACUGAUCGACUCCAGUGCGGUGACAUCUAGCUCGCGACAGUGUUCAGUACACCUUCCGCACAGCCGGCAGAGUCUCAAACGUGCAUCGCCCAACCUUAAACCACUUGUAAAGGUCCACCUCCUAUCGUUUAGAUCGGCAGGUAGCCUGUGGUAUCACCAGAUCUAGCCGGCCCGAGAGCGCCGCAACUCCCGUUCCGAUAGCACGAGACCGGCGGCGGCGGACAGGGACGAUUUGGCACGCCGACAAUAGGCACAGGUCGACCGGAAGCGACUCUCUUAAGGUGCGCUCGCUCGACUCUACUCGACUCGCCACGGACUUUCUUCUGUGUGUCAUCCAAGAAACUUGAGAAUAUGGAGAGCUCAAGUUUUCCCAGCAAGUUUGGCAUCGAUUCAAUCAUGACGCAGCACCCCAGUUCGUCGUCAGACUCUGAGAACAGUAACGACAGCCGUGCGAACAGUCCCGAGCACCAGCCGGACACGUUAGCCACCUCUACGGGUAGUCCUGUCGCCAACGGCACGGCAGAGUCGGGAGGUAACGGGGACCAAGACGAGAACGCCUCGGCGCCAGCGCCACCUGUCCCCGCCCAGCCUCCCGCUCCCACCCGAACCACUUCAACCACGUCCUUCUUCAUUAAAGACAUCCUCAGCGACAACCACAACAAUGUCCGGCGGGAGAAGAGGCCGUCUCCUACCGACGACGACAGAUUGGACGGCUCGCUGCAGGACAAGUUCGACACAGACGACACCAGCGCGUCCAUACAUGAUGCCAAAAGUGACAUUGACGACAAAUCAGAAGACAUGAAAGACUCAAAAGGAAAGGACGACUCAGAAAUCUCCUCCAGUCGAGACAGCCCUCAUCACCUGAAGCCCAAGAAGCCUCGGAAGGCGCGCACAGCCUUCACGGACCACCAGCUCGCCCAGCUGGAGCGCAGCUUCGAGAGACAGAAGUACCUGUCCGUACAGGACCGGAUGGAGCUGGCCGCCUCGCUCAACCUCACCGACACACAGGUCAAGACGUGGUACCAGAACAGAAGGACGAAGUGGAAGCGACAGAACGCGCUGGGUUUAGAGCUGUUGGCGGCGGAAGGUAACUUCACGGCCGUACAGAGGAUGUUCCCUCCCCCGUUCUACUACCACCCCAGCCAGGGCAUCGUGUCGAACAUGGACGCCAUGUACCUGCACCGGUCCCCUUCAGUCGCCUCGCUCCAGAGACCGGUCCUGCCGCGGUUCUUCCUGCACGGACUACAGCAGCACGUCUCGCACCUCCCACCGAACUGCCACGUCUGAAGCUUCGGGGGAAGACGCGUCCCCCUCCGAAGACUUUUCCCUCAUUCCUCCGAUAACCGAACACUGCUGAGCGAACUCUGUAAGCCGGCAACCUUGCCAAUCAGUCAAGAUUAAAGCUACGGAGAAGGGCGUCCUUGCCCUCCAAGAACUUUUGAGAGUCUGUCCAAGGUACUGAAUGAAAAAUCCACGAAGAAUGUAUCAAGUUUUGUACCAGAUGCAAACGGUAUUUCUACUUCAACACCUAUUGAACCGCCGAAGAAAAAAGAAAGAAUUGUACAGAGGCGUUGCAAAUGUAAAUAUUUCGCAAAAGAGGGCUUCUUUGUCGACAAAUAUAUCUACAUUUCCCGUGCAUGAAUGUUUACAUGAAACGUUUGCAGCGUUUCUAAGACAUUGUUAUCUAUCCAGCACGUUCAACAACAAAAAAGUCACCCACUCGAACUGCUGGUGAUUAUGCAAUGAGAAACAAACUCUCUUGUGUGUAUCUUGACUUAAGUAGUACGUUACAACGUUGGUUGCACGUGGGAUCUUGUCAGCACAAUGUCGAUCAUGGCAGAUUUCAAAGCACAAGUGACAACAUUUUUCACAGUUUUUCUUUGAUUAUGACACCAUUUUCACUGGUAACCGCAAUGUAUGAACGGAACUGAGUAAUCUUAUUGCAUUCGUGUAAUUUCCUGAUAUCAUAUUGAUAAAAAUUAUACAGAGGAGUAUUAUCUUUCCACGAUGCCCUUUAAAAAGAUAUGUUCUGUAUAUCUAGGUUGUGUCAAGAGGAUACCAGUGUAUAAAUAUGAUGAUGAUAUGUAUAUAAUCGGCAUGUUUCUGUUGCACAAAUACUUUGUUAUUACAAGCGACACUUCGAGGUCACAUUAAUUUAUUUUUUAUUACGAUGUUUUCCCAGAAGACGUGUAAAUAUAAGGUAUGAAAUUGGA